AUGGGGAAGGGGGGAAACCAGGGCGAGGGGGCCCCCGAGCGCGAGACGCCCAUGCCCACCUACAGCUGGGAGGAGAUUCAGAAGCACAACCUGCGCACCGACAAGUGGCUCGUCGUCGACCGCAAGGUCUACAACGUCACCAAGUGGUGCCACCGGCACCCGGGUGGCCACCGGGUCAUCGGGCACUACGCGGGAGAAGAUGCUACGGAUGCCUUCCGGGCCUUCCACCCCGACCUGGACCUUGUGGGCAAGUUCCUGAAGCCCCUGCUGAUCGGCGAGCUGGCCCCAGAGGAGCCUAGCCUGGACCGCGGCAAGAACUCUCAGAUCACCGAGGACUUCCGGGCCCUGAAGAAGACCGCUGAGGACAUGAACCUGUUCCAGACCAACCACCUCUUCUUCCUCCUCCUCCUGGCCCACAUCAUCGCCAUGGAGAGCGUCGCCUGGUUCACCAUCUUUUACUUUGGCAACGGCUGGAUCCCCACCGUCAUCACGGCCUUCGUCCUGGCUACCUCUCAGGCCCAGGCUGGAUGGCUUCAACACGACUACGGCCACCUUUCUGUCUACAAGAAGUCCACCUGGAACCACAUUGUCCACAAGUUCGUCAUUGGCCACUUAAAGGGUGCCUCCGCCAACUGGUGGAACCAUCGCCACUUCCAGCAUCACGCCAAGCCCAACAUCUUCCACAAGGAUCCGGAUGUGAAGAUGCUGCAUGUGUUUGUCCUGGGCGAGUCGCAGCCCAUUGAGUACGGCAAGAAGAAGCUGAAGUACCUGCCCUACAACCACCAGCACGAGUACUUCUUCCUGAUUGGGCCCCCACUGCUCAUCCCCAUGUACUUCCAGUAUCAAAUCAUCAUGACCAUGAUCGUCCGCAAAGACUGGGUGGACCUGGCCUGGGCCAUCAGCUACUAUGCCCGUUUCUUCUUCACCUACAUCCCUUUCUACGGCAUCCUGGGAGCCCUCCUUUUCCUCAACUUCAUCAGGUUCCUGGAGAGCCACUGGUUUGUGUGGGUCACACAGAUGAAUCACAUCGUCAUGGAGAUUGACCUUGAACCCUACCGAGACUGGUUCAGCAGCCAGCUGGCGGCCACCUGCAACGUGGAGCAGUCCUUCUUCAACGACUGGUUCAGUGGGCACCUCAACUUUCAGAUCGAGCACCACCUCUUUCCUACCAUGCCCCGGCACAACCUGCACAAGAUCGCCCCGCUGGUGAAGUCCCUGUGUGCCAAGCAUGGCAUUGAGUACCAGGAGAAGCCGCUGCUGAAGGCGCUACUGGACAUCAUCAGGUCCCUGAAGAAGUCUGGGGAGCUGUGGCUGGACGCCUACCUCCACAAAUGA